AUGCUCCCUCUGCAGGGGUAUCUUCUUACCUUCCUCCUCCUAUGUCUUCAAGUACCUAGCUGGGCAAACCAUCCCAAAAUUAAGCUGCGCUUGGUGGGGCCCAGGAGUCAAGCAGGUGAAGGGCGGCUGGAGGUGCUGUACAAAGGACAGUGGGGCACAGUGUGUGAUGAUGACUUCAACAUCCAUGUGGCAAAUGUGGCCUGCAGAGAGCUGGGCUAUGAUCAGGCCAUAAACUGGGCUCACAGCGCCAAAUAUGGCUCAGGAGAUGGUCCCAUCUGGCUAGACAACAUGCGCUGCUCAGGUACUGAAAGCUCCCUGGUUGAAUGUGCCUCCAAUGGUUGGGGAGUAACUGAUUGUAACCACAAUGAAGAUAGUGGCGUGGUGUGCACAGGGCCCCGUCGACUCAAUUCUGCUGCUUCACAUAUCCAGCUGCAGGGAUCAAAGGUAGAAGAGGUACGGAUCAAGCCGAUACUGGCCCGGGCCAAAUUAAGUUCCCCGGUCACAGAAGGUGCGGUAGAAGUGAAGCUCCAGGGGCGCUGGCGUCAGGUGUGCGAUGCUGGCUGGACUCGAAACAAUACUCGUGUCCUGUGUGGGAUGCUGGGAUUCCCCUAUGAUGGACAGGUGGCCACAAGAUUCUACAGAUUCCGGCAGGAACCCCAGGUGCGUCUCCGUGCAGGUGCACACAUAGGCGAAGGGCGUGUGGAAGUGCUAAUUGGUAACCAGUGGGGCACUGUGUGUGAUGAAGGCUGGAAUCUACCUGCUGCCAGUGUGGUGUGUCGGCAAUUAGGUUACGGCACUGCACGAGAAGCUCUUUCAGGAGCACAGUUGGGCCAAGGACUAGGUCCCAUCCAUUUAACAAGAGUGCGGUGCAGGGGACAUGAACGAUCCCUGAUGGACUGCAGGUCCCAAAAAGCAGCUCAGACAGGAUGCCGGCAUGACAAUGAUGUUGCCGUCCGCUGUAAUGUGCCCCAAACUGAUGUCCGACGUCAAAUCCGUCUGGCUGGUGGGCGCACUUCAGAAGAAGGCAUUGUAGAAAUACUGGUGCCCAAAGGAAGUGCCUUCCGCUGGGGUGCUGUGUGUGGGGAACACUGGGGACUCAAGGAGGCCAUGGUUGUUUGUCGACAGAUGGGGCUGGGCUUUGCAAGCCAUGCUCUCCAGGAAACAUGGUACUGGCAGGGCAAUACAGAUGCGUCUGAGGUGGUGUUGAGUGGUGUGCGCUGUAAAGGUACAGAACUGUCUAUCCUUCAAUGUGAGCACCAUGGACCCGUGCAUUGCCCAAAUGGAGGAGGCCGUUUUGUUGCAGGAGUCACCUGCGCCCAGAAUGCUCCAGAUCUAGUAAUGAAUGCCCAGCUAGUAGAGGAGACAGCUUAUCUUGAGGACCGCCCAUUGAACAUGCUGUAUUGUGCCCAUGAGGAAGGCUGCCUUUCUGCCUCUGCUGACCGUAUGAACUGGCCAGAGGGGUAUCGACGCCUGCUGCGCUUCUCCUCUCAGAUCCACAACCUGGGCCGGGCUGACUUCCUUCCCAAAAUUGGCCGUCAUGCAUGGAUAUGGCAUGAAUGCCACAGACAUUUCCACAGCAUUGAAGUUUUCACACACUAUGACUUACUGACACUCAAUGGAUCCAAAGUGGCUGAGGGACACAAGGCCAGUUUCUGUCUGGAGGACACCAACUGCCCAGAAGGAAUGCAGCGGCGUUUUGCCUGUGCUAAUUUUGGAGAGCAGGGUGUCAGUGUAGGCUGCUGGGACACAUACAGACAUGAUAUUGACUGCCAGUGGAUAGAUAUCACUGAUGUGCCCCCUGGAAGUUACAUAUUCCAGGUUAUAGUGAACCCUAAGCACGAGGUAGCAGAGUCCGACUUUUCCAACAAUGCCCUUCGCUGUCAGUGCCAGUAUGAGGGACAUCGCAUUUGGCUGCAUGGAUGCCACACAGGUGAUGAGUAUGGGGCCAGGAUAGAGUGGGAUGAGGAAGCACAACGGAGACUGAGCAGCAACUUUGUCUAAGGCAAAUAUUCCAGAAGCAGCUGGAAUUCCCAAGGAACCUGGAUCUAGAUCUUCUCAUGGCUCAAAGCAACCCAACGUGAGCUAUGGAAGAAUCCAAGCAGCCAGACUCUGCAGACAAGAUUCUUUCAAGACCCUCUUCCCUCCCGGCCAUUUGUCCAGGAUUUUCACACACAGCGGCACCACAUAUGGACUGGUUGGCCAUACUGUGACUAUCACUACUUUGCCUUCCAUUACACAGUCCAGCUUGACUGGUCUGCUUUCUCUAUUUAUUCAGCUUGGCAACUAUGGUCAAAUGUGGGACUGAAAUGACCUGAUGGGGGACACUGCAGUCUUUCUCGUGUCCAGCUAAGAGAAUAGUUCAAAGGCAAAGAGGGCCAUGCUCUUGCCUUGCUGGCAAAAGGGGUGUGAGUAACACAGCCCAGAAAAACUACCUCAGCCAGCACGAUCUGCUGACAAGCUUUUAUCUCAGGAGCUGGUUCAUCUCAAGACAUUCCCAGCCAUCUCAAGAUGUAUCAUUCUUUUCAGCCCCAUAUGCCCCCUUCGCCCCAAAGGCAUAUGGCAUGCAGCAUGCCAGUAGGCCCAAACAUGCAUACCCACCUUACCUCUGAGGCAGAAGAGCUUCAUCCUGCCAUGGAUGCAAGUACCUCCAGAUCAAAGAAUUCAAGUCAGACCAAAGGAUGCAGAAAAAGCACCUAUGAGUCCUCCUGUAAGAAGGCACCAGUUGGGCCAUGCUAUUAGUUUAAAUAUUAAGAGAUUAGGGAAGUGCAACAAUAUUAUUAACUAUGGAGUUAGUAAUGUGUAAUGAACCAUGAUGGCUAAUAGGGAGCGUAAAAUAUUAUUUGGUGAUCACUUGCUCAGGGAAGAAUCACAAGCCUCUCCCAAGAGAAACAAAAGGUGCCAUUUUGUACCACAUUUUAUAGUUUUUUUGACCCUGCCAAUGAAAGAGCCGAGGUGGCGCAGUGGUUAGGGUGCAGUACUGUAG